CAUGAGAUAAUCUCAUUGUUUUAGGUAUAUACAAAAUCUACAGUAAGGAAUGAUUAGUUUAAUCCUAACCUAGGUGUAUCUAUUAUUUUGUUUAAGUAUAAUCUAUCUAUGAAGAUGUAUUGUUUUUCUUUUUACAAGUUUUAUUACUUGUAUAACUCAAACAAAAUGAUUGUUUUCUUUUUUGUUUGUUUUUUUUUCUUUUAUUUAUUUAGAUGUAAAAAUAACUCAUUACUGAUUAAAUAAAUCAGUAUAAAUACGAUGUAUAUUCUAUCUUUGUUUGAAAUUGAAAACAAUAACAAUCUAAUUAAUUGUUUAAUAAUAUUCAUCAGUAUACAAUAUUUGUAUUAUCAGUAGUAAAAUCUUUUUUUCGAGAAAAGAAAGUAUCUACUCACAUCUAACUACUUAUUUAUAUAUAUAUAUAUAUAUAUAUAUACAUACAAUAAUAAUGGAACUGGAAAUAAGAAAACCAGUUAAAAACCAACAACAACAACAACAACAAAAUCAAGGAAAUACUGAAUUGUUACAUACAUCUUCAAGUACAUUAUGCUCAUUUAUCUCAGCCACGCCUAAUUGGACAAAUGCUGCAUUAAUUGGUGAACAUUUAUGGAAUGAUACAACUUCUACGGAAACGUGUUAUGUUGAUGAAUCAGAAUGUACUAAAUCUGGAGCGAAAAGGAAAUGCUCUGUUUGUCAUAUUGUUUGUCAUGUAAAUUGUCUUCCAUUGGUUCAGGUAUCUUGUAGACCAACAUUUCGUGAAGCAUUUAUUCAUGAUUAUCGUACAGAAAAAACUUAUACGACACAUCAUUGGGUUAAACGACGAAAACAAAAUAAAAAAUGCAAACAUUGUGGAAAGUCUUUACAAUCAAUACUGGGAUUUUCUUCUAAAGAAUAUAUAACGAUUCAAUGCACUUGGUGUAAAAUAGGUUAUCAUAAUAAAUCAACUUGUUUUCGUGAAUCAUAUUUAACUGAACCAUGUUCAUUAGGACCAUAUUCAGGUUUAAUUGUUCCACCUGAUUGGAUUAUUAAAUUAACUGAACGAAAUAAUUACAAAUUAUCCACCUCCUCCUCGUCAUCAUCAUCAUCAGCAUCAUCAUCACCAAUAACAUCUACAUCAAUAUGUCGAUCAAAUAGUUUUGUUACACCUUCAUGUUUAACAAAUUAUCAAACAGAUACAUGUCAUAUUCGUUCAUCAUAUUCUCGUCCAGAUAAUCUUAAUUAUUCAAAUCAAUUAAUUAAUAAUAUAUCAGAUCAAUUAACUUCUAUGACAACUAUUACAACAAGUCAUGAAGAUAAACAAUCAAUUUCAAUUAGUCAAUCAAAUAUUUAUAUAAAAUCUAAUAUAUCAUUUGUUAUUAAAACAAAUCCAAUCAAUAAUGUUUGUUUAAAACCAUUAUUAGUAUUUCUUAAUCCAAAAUCUGGUGGAAAUCAAGGUAUAAAUUUAUUAAAAAAAUUUCAAUGGUUAUUAAAUCCACGUCAAGUAUUUGAUGUAUCACAAGGAGGACCAAAAAUGGGUUUAGAAUUGUUCAGUCGUGUACCAAAUCUACGUAUCCUAGUAUGUGGUGGUGAUGGUACAGUUGGUUGGAUAUUUUCUACUAUUGAUUCAAUGAAUUUUAAUACAAUACCACCAGUUGCUGUAUUACCAAUAGGUACUGGAAAUGAUUUAGCUAGAGCAUUAAAUUGGGGUUCGGGUUAUAUUGAUGAAUCUGUAUCAAAAAUAUUGAACUCCGUUUAUGAAGGUCGUGUUAUUGCGUUGGAUAGAUGGCAAGUAAAUAGUGAAGUACGAACAGAUUUUCAAACAACUCAACAACUAACCGACUAUGAAGAUGAUGAUUCUACAAAAAAUAGACCAAUUUCUGAUGUAUUACCUUUGAAAGUUUUCAAUAAUUAUUUUUCUCUUGGCGCAGAUGCUGCAACAGCAUUACAAUUUCAUGAAUCAAGAGAAGCAAAUCCUGAAAGAUUCAAUAGUCGUUUAAAAAAUAAAUUAUUUUACGCUGGACUUGGUGGUAAAGAUCUACUUAGACGAAGUUGGCGUGAUCUAUCGGAACAUAUUACACUUAUUUGUGAUGAUGAAGAUUUAACUCCACUUAUUCGUAGCUUGAAACCACAUUGUAUAUUGUUUCUAAAUAUUCCAAGAUAUGGAUCUGGUACCUUACCAUGGGGUCAGCCAACAGCAGAAUUUCAACCUCAAAGAAUUGAUGAUGGAUAUAUUGAAGUCAUAGGUCUUACAUCGACGUCAUUGGCAACUUUACAAAUAGGUGGACAUGGUGAUCGAAUUUGUCAAUGUCGUCGUGUUCAUCUUACAACAGAUAUUGUUAUCCCUAUGCAAAUGGAUGGUGAACCAUGUCGUUUAAUGCCAUCAAAAAUUGAUGUAUUCUGUUCACAUCAAGCAUUAGUUAUACAAAAAUUAACACGUUCACCUAUCUCAGCUGUAACACUUAACGAAUUUUGGAAUCAUUGUAAUUGUUUUGCUUAACAAUAUCAUCUUGUUAGAUUAUGGAUCAUAUCAUAAUUGAUUUGUCACAGCUGAUUAAUCAUUAUUACUAUUAUUAUUAUUAUUUCUUUUUUUGACAUUAUCUUUCAAUCAUUGGAUAUUGACUUCACUAUUAUUGUUUUGUUUUGCUUUUGUUUUAAUUUCUUAAUUAUCAAUAUUAUUAUGAUUAUGAUUACGUAAUUAAAACGAUUAUUCAUUUAAUUAAGAUUUAUUGUUACCAUCAGUAUCUAUCAUAAGAUUUAAUGAAAAUAGUAUAUAUGACUAUGACAUUCUACUAUGAGAUGUUUCGUUCGGUUUUUGAUUGUUUCUUUUUUUGUAUAAAGAAAAAGUAUCCUAAUAAAAAAAAGAACGAAUAGUAUAUAUCAUGAGGGUUAACAAGUAUUUAUGUACUUUCUUCCUCUCUGUCUCUCUCCCUCUCUCCCUCUCUUUCUCACUUUGUCCCUCAAUCUGGAUUAAGUGUCUUUAAGUUUCAAAUCUUUUGUAUGUUACUGUUGACCCGAUCACAUUGUUAUCGAACCGGAAGAAGAGAAAUCUCUAGUUAAUUAAUUUGGCAUAUAUAUAUAUAUAUAUAUA